AUGGACGUCAGCAGCCCCUUCCCGCAGUUCGGCUGGCAGCAGCCCCCGCAGCGGCACCACAGCGGGCAGCAGCUCUGCGAGCAGCGGCACGGCGGGCAGCAGCAGCAUCAAGGUAGGCAGCAGCAUCAUGGUGAGCAGCAGCAUCAAGGUGGGCAGCACGAUGGGCAGCAUCAAGGUGGGCAGCAUCAAGGCGGGCAGCAGCAGCAAGGUGGGCAGCACCACAACGAGCAGCAUCCCGGCGGUGCCCACGGCACGUCCGGCGGCGCCACCAAAGGACCCGCACACGGUGGCAGUGGCCAGCAGGGCAGCACGGAUGGUGGCACCGCAAGYGGGAACCCCUACRCGGGGCUGGUGAGCCGGCUGCGGGCAGCRUGGCUCACAGGCAAGACGCGRCCCAUGGAGUAUCGUGUGGCCCAGCUGGAGGCCCUGGGCCGCUUCCUGGAUGAGAAGAAGCAGGACAUCCUGGAGGCCACCUCCUUGGACAUGAGCAAGCCGUCCUUCGAGGCCUAUUUCUCUGAGGUCCUCCUCUGCAAAAACGAGCUCAAUGACACCCUCAACAACUUGUCCUGCUGGAUGAAGGAUGAGCAUGUGGAGAAGAACCUGGUAACGCAGCUGGACUCAGCCUUCAUCCGCAAGGACCCCUACGGGGUGGUGCUCAUCAUCGCGCCCUGGAAUUACCCCAUCCACCUCCUCCUGGUGCCCCUCAUCGGGGCCAUCGCGGCGGGGAACUGUGUCAUCAUCAAACCCUCGGAGACCACCAAGAACACUGAGAAACUCGUGGCCGAAGCGCUGCCCUGCUACCUKGACAAGGACUGCUACGCCGUGGUGACCGCUGGUGUGGAGGAGACCACAAAGCUGCUGGAGAACAAGUUUGACUACAUCUUCUUCACCGGCAGCCCCACCGUGGGCAGGAUCAUCAUGACAGCCGCUGCCAAGCACCUGACCCCGGUGACGCUGGAGCUGGGGGGCAAGAACCCCUGCUACGUGUCUGACAACUGCGAGGUGCACAACGUGGCCAGGCGUGUGGCCUGGGGGCGCUUCUUCAACGCGGGACAGACCUGCAUAGCACCCGACUACAUCCUGUGCAGCGUGGAAAUGCAGGAUAAGCUCAUGCCUGCUCUGCGYGAGGCCAUUACGGAGUUCUACGGCCCCAAUCCCAAGGAGUCGCCCGACUUUGCCCGCAUCGUGGGCGACAAGCAGUUCCGUCGCAUCCAGGCUCUGCUGGGCAGUGGGCGCGUGGCCAUCGGAGGGCAGACGGAUGAGCAGGAGCGCUACAUUGCUCCCACAGUGCUGGCAGAUGUGAAGGCAUCUGAUCCCGCCAUGCAAGAAGAGAUCUUUGGGCCCAUCCUGCCCAUUGUUGUCGUGGCCAACAUGGAUGAAGCCAUUGACUUCAUCAACGCCCGACCGCGGCCGCUGGCCCUCUAUGUCUUCUCCUGCGAUAACAAGGUGGUGAAGGAGGUGCUGGAGCGGACAAGCAGCGGUGGCUUCUGUGGAAAUGACACCCUGAUGCACGUGACGUUGACCUCGCUGCCCUUUGGUGGCAUUGGGAACAGUGGCCUGGGGAAAUACCACGGCAAGUUCACCUUCGACACCUUCACCCACCACCGCAGCUGCCUGCACCGCAACAUGGGCCUGGAGGCCAUCAACUGCCCGCGCUACCCGCCCUACAAUCAGCAGAAGCUGGGGCUGUUGACGGCUGCCUUCGAGAUCAAGCGCAGGGGCAUGUGCACCCUGCUCUGAGCGCUGCUGAGCGCUGCCCACGGCCACCACAGGCUGCUUGGCCUGGGGGAAGACCUCCCGGCCUGGCCUCCAUAUGGGCCCCAGGAACACUGUUGCUUUCUCCAGGACGCUGGCCUGCUCCUCCUGUCCCUGCAGCAGCCCCCGGUUCCCUUGCCAUGUCCUUUGGYUCGUUGCCAUCCCAUGCGUAGGACAGUGGGGACAGACAUUUACGUCCAGCCAGCCCCAUUUGCUUGCUCCUCCCCAU